CCUACAAGUCAGUAAUAAAUCAGUCGCCAAUGCAAACGGUCGUUUUACUUGCUAUCGCUCCCGGUUCCAUAUUUAUCAUCUGGCUAACGAGGAUAAUUCGCGCGUUUAAAUCAUGUCGUCGCAGUCGUAUUUAGGAAAUUUGCCUAUUUUCGAUCAUAAGACUACCGAGUGGGCGAUAUUCAAGAGCCGGUUAACGAAGUUUUUUCUAGUGAACAGUAUAUCGGAAGCAGAAAAAAAGAGUGCCAUCACGAUUACACACUUGUCGGAUGAAAGUUAUCGGUUAGUGCGCAAUUUAGCUUAUCCGAAGGAGAUAGAUUCAUUAACUUAUGACGCGCUGGUUUUAUUACUCGAUGAACAUUUCAAACAAAAGCAGUGUACUUUUGCGAAUAAGGCGAAAUUUUUCGGAGCGAUGAAGAGUGCAGGCGAAACGUUGAGCGAAUGGGCGGCAAGACUAAGAGGUCUGGCAAGUUAUUGCGAUUUUGGUUCUGCCCUGGAGACGAACCUCAGGGAUCGUUUCGUGCUCGGUCUGGGCUCAGGUUCCGUGCGCGAUAAACUAUUCGAGCAAAAGCCAUCGUCAUUAACUUUUGCCAAAGCUUUAGAGUUGGCAGAACAGACGGAGAGUGCCCGAGAAGCGAAACUAACUACAAUUAAGGAGGAGCCAGUUUUUCGAGCGCAAACGGAGGGUGGAUAUCGCGGUGGCGCGAGAGGCGCGCGCGGCGGUCGCGCUAACGCGAGCGGCAGCGGUCAGCGGGAUCCACGUUCGACGCCCGAGCAGUGUACGGUUUGCGGAAUGAAAAAUCAUACGGAAAUCAAUUGUCGUUAUAAAUCGUAUAAGUGUCAAAAGUGCGGCAAAAAGGGUCACUUAAAGAAAGUUUGUGGUGAAAGUGCGCGAGUGCAUAACGUUUCCGUUGGCGAAUCGUCGUCGUUGAAUCGCAGCGAGGUAGAUGACUGUGAGGAAUGUCAAAUGUUUAACUUAAGGUUCCAAAAUUAAUGGUGGAGGAUAUGAUCUGUAUGUAGUUUUGUGAUCUACCUACAAGUCAGUAAUAAAUCAGUCGCCAAUGCAAACGGUCGUUUUACUUGCUAUCGCUCCCGGUUCCAUAUUU